UGAUACGAUAGAUAAUGACGCGCUCGCCGCUCGCACACUCUUCCGAAAUAUAACGAAUAGUCUUUGAAAACUUUCGUUAAUUUCCAGACGGAGUACCCACACGAGGCCUACCCCGUCCGUGAAAGCUGGUUAGUUUUCUCCCUGCAUGAUUAGACAAAGCAAUUUCGAAGCUUCUAAACAGGACUACAGGAGCCUUCUUGCGUUCGUUUUCACCGGAAUUAUUCCACGUUAUCUGCCAUGGCUGCUGCGGCGUUGCUCCUCGUGGCCGCGCUCGUCGCCCUUGGCUCCGGCCAUGGCGGCGAGGCCUUCGACCCCAACCCUCUCCAGGACUUCUGCGUCGCCGACGCCACGUCCAAAGUGCGCGUGAAUGGGUUAUCGUGCAAGGACCCGGCCGCCGUGGUGUCCGACGACUUCUUCGCCGGCGCAGACAAGCUGCGCGACGAGGUGAGCGAGCGCUACGGGUUCUCAGCGCUGACCGUGCAGAUCCCGGGCCUUAACACGCAGGGCCAGCGUUACGCCCGCGUCGACCUUGCACCGGGGGCCAUCUUCCCGCCGCACUACCACCCCAGGGCGGCCGAGACGGCCCUGGUGCUGGAAGGCUCCGUCUACUUUGGGUUUGUCUCCUCCUACCCGGACAACAAGCUCUUCUCCAAGGUGCUCCACAAGGGCGACGUGUUCGCCGUGCCGCAGGGUCUCAUGCACUUCCUCUACAACAAUGGCACCGCCCCCGCCACGCUCUACGCCAGCCUCAGCAGCCAGAACCCCGGGCUGGUGCUCCUAGCUGACGCGCUCUUCGCCGGGGCACUCCCGGACGAUCUCCUAGCCAAGACGCUCCUCACGGAUAAGCACACCGUGGACAACAUCCGGGCAAACUUUCGGCCGUCUUGAAUGCUUGUUCCAAUCUCCUAGUAAUUUAUCGCAUUUUCUCAGGCAUAGUAGUCUCGAUGUGUUUAUUUGUGAUAAACAUUUGCAACGGAAUUUAAAAUAAAAAUACUGUGAGUAAUAUUCCAUCACGCAUACGACCUUUUCCGGUGCAAGUAUCAUAAUAUAUAGUAUCAUGAAGUAAAACUUAAGAAAGAAAAAAAGAUGAUGUGGCACUGGAAUUGAGGAUUGAGAGAAUAUUCUGAUAUCAUACCUGGAAAUGAGAGAAGUAAACAAGAAGAUUAUAUCCACAACUUUGUAUUGAAUUUUACAAUUAUAAAUUAAAUGACAUGUCAUUCACGAAAAAAAAUGUGAAAUAUGAUAGUAGUGCAUGAUAUUAUGCAAUGUGAAUGUAGUAAGUUCUAGCACAUGGUACUAUGCAUUGUGAGUGGCCUAAGGCCAUAAGAUUUGCACACCCAUAUUUGGAUAAAACUAUUUUUUUCGGGUGGAUAAAACUAAUCUUAACAUUUGUUUAGACUCUAAAUGAAGCAAUACCUCCCAAGCGGUGUACAAGUGUGGGCUUUUGAGGAGGAGCAAGCGAAGGAGGAGGCUUCCCUGAUCGCCGAGGAGGAGGAUCCCCGUUAUUAUGGAGACGUUUCGAUCACUGCCCUCAACCGUCAAGCCAAAAUAGUGGCGUUGACUGGGACGUGGGCGUCUGUUUGGUCACUCUUGAUAUUUUUUUUGGCACGCCCAGCUUGCCAUGCCCGCACUCCCUCCAUAUGAUUCAACGCCAAAUUGUUGGUGAAACCAAGGCAGGCAAUUUGGUCACCAACUUUUUGGUCGGCCCAUGAUUUGACGGGGCGAACGUGGGCAGCAACCAAAGAACCCCUAUGCGUCGCCAGCGGCGCACGAGGAUCCUUCCCCUCGAUGAGUACCCAGAUUGGAAUCCCAAAACACACUCCAUUGUGUGGGAUAUCUGGCAUGUGCCGAUCCUGUAUGAGACGGAAGAGAGACCUCGCUGACCCAGCUCAUAUCAGCGCCCACAUGUUGCUGAUUGGACGACGACGAUGGCGACCGUGAUGCGAUGCCACUACGAGGUCACCGUCUGGUACCUCGCCUAGUUUUUAGUUAGGAUUAGUUUAUACAUACUAUUUAUGUUCAACUUGUUUAAUUUCAUCCUUUGGUUGUAAAUACAUGAUACUUUGUUUGAAUUAUGUCUGUUUCGCUUCAAUUUCAUCCGUGCUUCUGAGCGGUCGUUUGAAAUGAGCCGGACAUUUGGUUGGAUGGUUGACGCCUCGCCCGCUUUCCACGGACAUGCCCGCAGACAUUUGGUGAUCCGCGUUGCCCUUAUUUAGCAGGAGCAAUAGGGUCGGCCUGUUCCUUCCAUUCUUCUAGUCCAAUUCUUGAUACCCCCGGAUCAACUCCUCCCCCACCAGGACUAGGACUGUAUAUAGAUGAUGAAAUAAAAACGAGAAGUGUCCAUAUUCCUGAACUUCCCAGCAAGGUUUUGACCCAUCUCUGGUUUCCACGGGGCUGUAUGUAACUAAAACUGAUAGAAACUGGAUUGGUUCUCAUCGCCCAAUGAACCGACCGAUCCAUGGAGGAAACCCAGCUUCUCAUCGAUUCCAUACAACAAUAAAGAGAGAGCAUGACAUCACUUUAUUUUGUUGAAUUCCUAAAUCAGCAGUGAAAAAAGAAAAAGGGAAGGACCCUGAACAUCUGAAUCCACAUCAACUGCAUUAUAGAGGCCCCCAACUACAUCUGAAAUCAUAAAAGGGGAAAAAAAGGAUAUUGACCAGACUACAUCUGAAAUCAUAAAAGGGAAAAAAAAAAGAAAUUGACCAGAGUGGGAUUUGAACCCACGCCCUUUCGGACCAGAGCCUUAAUCUGGCGCCUUAGACCAACUCGGCCAUCUGAUCUCUGUUGUGUUCUUUUCUCGAGCGGCCCCUUAGUGAGAUUGUGUGCCAACUGCCAAACCGCCCAAACCAUUCAAGCAUCUCUUGGAUACUCAGAUCGUGAGCUUGGCACAGACCGGAGGUAUUUGCAAAAUCAGAUCUAACUUCCCAACGGCCUGGAUAGAGUACGUAUCUGCUUGUCAAUAGGAGUGUGGUGCCUGGUUGAGCUGAGCAGCAGAAGCAAGCUUGAGAGCUAAAAGCGGAGCUCUGGCUUCCGCGUCAAGAUGAGAAUCAACGGCAUGCAGUGAUCAUAAUUAACAUUUGUUCUGUGAUAUUCUUUCUCAUUUGCAGAUGUAUAAACCUGUUGGUUGUAGAUCAGUUCUGAUGGUGCUCCCAGGAAGGAGCGCUUGUCAAAGUGUUGGCAGAUGCAUUUGGUCCUUGUACAAGUGGAUGCGCCGCAAAAUAUAGUACUCCCUCCAAUGCAUAAUAAGUUGUUUUAGUUUGAACCAAAACCACGAGCUUCCCUGAUUUAUUUCAAAGGGCCUGUCAUUCUUAGCCUUCCAUAAACACCUAGACAAGUCAUUAAGUUGCACAUAGAAAAAUAUACAUGCAUAGUUUCUCUAAUUCUUUCAUUGUCACUGAACUGAUAAUAAUACACCAUGCUAUGAAACUGUGGUUGAUGGCUAUGAAGAUAACACCUCGGCCCUAAGAACUGAGCAGGCAAACAGCUAGCAAGUGCACACACCUCGGUGCUACUUUCGCAAGCUGGUCAUUCCAUGAGAUGAAAACCAGAACGAGUAGUAGGUCCAACGUGAAACAUCAGCCAUUACACCAGUGUCGAAUCAGAUUUAUCCUUACACAUUACAUCAGAACAACAUCAGGUUAUGUCUUCUUAGGUGUUCCACCAAUAUAUACAUUCAGCAACGACUACCACAGGAACCAAAAAAAGGCAGUUGACCAUCAGCUUUCGGCGCGAAAUCCUUCUAUCUAGCUUAUUCCCCUCGCUACUAUGUGUGUUGUACAACAAUGCUUUGCUUGCCUACUACCCUAACACUACUACAGG